AUGUUAAAUCAGAGAAUCCACCCGGGCAUGCUCUUACUCCUGAUGUUUCUGUGCCACUUCAUGGAAGAUCACACAGUGCAGGCUGGGAACUGCUGGCUCCGGCAGGCGCGGAACGGCCGCUGCCAGGUCCUCUACAAGACCGACCUCAGCAAGGAGGAGUGCUGCAAGACCGGCCGCCUGACAACUUCGUGGACGGAAGAGGACGUCAACGACAACACGCUUUUUAAGUGGAUGAUUUUUAAUGGGGGAGCCCCAAACUGCAUCCCGUGCAAAGAAACGUGCGAGAAUGUGGACUGUGGACCCGGGAAGAAAUGUAAAAUGAACAAGAAGAACAAACCUCGGUGUGUUUGUGCUCCGGAUUGCUCUAAUAUCACUUGGAAGGGCCCCGUGUGUGGCUUAGAUGGGAAAACCUACAGGAACGAGUGUGCCCUUCUCAAAGCCAGAUGUAAAGAACAGCCCGAACUUGAAGUCCAGUAUCAGGGCAAAUGCAAAAAGACCUGUAGGGAUGUGUUAUGCCCAGGCAGCUCCACGUGUGUGGUUGACCAAACUAAUAAUGCCUACUGCGUGACGUGUAAUCGAAUUUGCCCAGAGCCUACCUCCCCGGAACAGUAUCUCUGCGGGAAUGACGGCAUAACUUACGCCAGUGCCUGCCACCUGAGGAAAGCUACCUGCCUACUGGGCAGAUCCAUUGGAUUAGCCUACGAAGGAAAAUGCAUCAAAGCCAAAUCCUGUGAAGACAUUCAGUGCAGUGCUGGGAAGAAAUGCUUGUGGGAUUUUAAGGUUGGCAGAGGUCGGUGCGCCCUCUGCGACGAGCUAUGCCCUGAAAGCAAGUCAGACGAGGCAGUCUGUGCCAGCGAUAACACAACUUACCCAAGCGAGUGUGCCAUGAAAGAGGCAGCCUGCUCCAUGGGUGUGCUUCUAGAAGUAAAGCACUCCGGAUCUUGCAACUCCAUUAAUGAAGACCCAGAGGACGAAGACGAAGAUGAAGACCAGGACUACAGCUUUCCUAUAUCUUCCAUUCUAGAGUGGUAA